UGCUGACUAAUCGGCAGGCGGCGGGGGAGGGGGUGGCGCGCCGGGCAGUCGGCCGGGGUCACGCGGCUAGGUGUGUGCCGAAUGGGUUCGGGGUUCCCGGGUGUGAGCCGGGAGCUCGAAGCCCGACUCGCCGCCGGGAGCCCCGCCCGGCCCUCCGGGGUGGGGGUCGCGCUCCGCAAAAGGGAAACUGAGGCCAAGGAAAUUGAGUACCUUUCCAAAGUCACAAAGCUGAGUUCGACCCAGACAGACCUGGGAACCCCACUCUGUCCAUCACCCGGAAGCAUCUUCCCUGUCUUCCCAUUCUGUCCUCCCGGCUUCUCAGUAAGCAUCCGGCCCCAGGACCACCCUUGACCACCCUCAACCAAGCUAUGUGUGCCCAGGGGCCCCCUGGCCAGCUGUCCCCAGCGCUGCCUCUCGCCUCCUCAGUCAUGAUGCUGUUGCUGAGCAGCCUGUGGCUGGUGGGGGCUGGCCCCAGCUUGGCCCUGGCCCCGGAGCUGCUGCUGGACCCCUGGCAGGUGUACCGGCUACUGACCCAUGCCCUGGGCCACACGGCUCUGCCUGGCCUGCUCCUGAGCCUGCUGCUCCUGCCUGCCCUCGGAUGGCAACAGGAGUGCCACCUGGGCACACUGCGGUUCCUGCACGCCUCCACCCUGCUCACCCUGGCCACUGGCCUGCUGGCUGUACUGCUGGCAGGCCUUGGGGUGUCCAGUGCAGCCGGUGGCUGCGGGUACAUGCCUGUGCACCUGGCCAUGCUGGCUGGGCAGGGUCACCACCCUAGACGGUCCCAUGAGGCACUGCCACCGUGGCUGCUGCCGUGGCUGCUCCUCGCCCUGACCCCGCUGCUCAGCUCCGAGCCACCCUUCCUGCAGCUCCUAUGUGGCCUCCUUGCUGGCCUGGCCUACGCCGCUGGGGCUUUCUGGUGGCUGGAGCUGUCGGAGCAGCGGCUGCAGGCGCUGCAGGAGGGCGUCUUGUGCAGGACCCUGGCAGGGUGCUGGCCGCUCAAGCUCUUUCCCACCCCGGGCAGCCUGGCCGAGCUGCCUUUCACGGAUCCUGCCAGAGUGAGGUCUCCUGUCCCUGGCCCUCCUUACAUGGCCUCCCCUGGCCUCUGGUCCCACAACGAAAGCGCAGCCCCGCUCCCGCUGGGCCUGAGGCCUGUGCAGCCGACCAGGGAGGGCUCCUCAGAGGCAGGCCUGGCCUGGGCUUGGGCCAACUUCGCCCCAGGGACUCCGCUGUGGGCGGCCCUGGAUGAGCAGAUGCUGCAGGAGGGGAUCCAGGCCUCGCUCCUUGACAGGUCGGCCCAGGGGCCCCAGGGCCCACUAUGGCUGCCCAAGUCCUCCGUCUCCUCUCUGCGGCUACAGCAGCUGGAGCGCAUGGGCUUCCCCACGGAGCAGGCAGUGGUGGCACUGGCAGCCACGGGCCGCGUGGAGGGUGCUGUGUCACUGCUAGUUGGAGGGCAGGUGGGCACAGAAGCUCUGGUGACCGAUGGGAGAGGUGGGCUCCCCCACCCCGAGGGCCCUGGGCCCCCGUAGCCCAGGCAGAAGGUGGGAGCACCAGGCCCUUGGGUGAUAGGUCUGGCCCAUAGGCUGGUAGCCUGAGCCCCCACUCGGUCUACUGAGGGCCACCGGGGGGCAUGGGGGCACCCCUGGGGACAGUAGAGGCCCCCCAGCAUGCUGCCCUGGUACUAUUUAGAAUAAAAGUCAGUUUGUUUUUCAACCUGGACCUCCUUGGAGGCA